UGUAGAGGCACCCCAAGCACCACGGAGCCUAAAUCCGACAACAUGUCUUACCCCGUGUUCUUGGCCGUUGGGCCAAAUUCUCAUCGUUCGUGCUCGAACGAGGAGAUCUUGCUUGCUUGCUUGCUUGUUUGACUGUGGUUGCCCGUGAUACAACAGAAUCUGGCUCCUUGUGCUGUCUUGCCGCAGUAAGCCUGUUUCAGGCAAUGAGCCGUGCUCAGUGCUCAGCAUGGAGAAAGAUGACGAUCUGAUCGCGGAGCUCAAAGUCCCCGAAGACCUUGUCUUUGCUGAGGGAUUACAAGACCAAACCGCGACGUUCAACCUGUCCCUCCGCGCCGUUGACCCAGUCGAUGUAUGUGUUGAGGAUCUAUCGCUCCAAGUUGAUACGACGCGCCCAGUAUGGGAGACCCCGCCGUCGCAGAUAUGGCAUCGGCUCUGCGGGAAGAAGGUGGACACCCGCACGCACAAGACUGUCCUCGACAGCGUCGAUGCAUUCAUGCCUAGUAAGAGUCUUACGGCGAUUAUCGGUAGCAGUGGGUCUGGCAAGACAUCGCUGCUCAACAUAAUGGCUGGUCGGAUGAGCUUGACCAAGGCGAAAGUUUCCGGGGCCACUACCUUCAACGGAGUUGCGGGCAUCGAGGGGAUUCGCAGUGCAUAUGUCAUGCAGGAGGAUGUUCUAAUCCCCACCCUGACGGUUCGAGAGACUCUGCGGUAUGCGGCGGAUCUGCGAUUGCCGCCGCCAGCAACGCAGGAGGAGCGGCAUCGGGUUGUCGAGCAGGUGAUAUUGGAGUUGGGGCUGAAGGAGUGUGCCGACACGCGGAUUGGGACAAACACACACAAGGGUUGCAGUGGAGGGGAGAAAAGGCGGACGAGCAUCGGCGUGCAGAUGCUGGCGAACCCCUCGGUCUUGUUCUGCGACGAACCUACGACGGGCCUGGAUGCAACGAGCGCAUUCCAGAUCAUCCGGACGCUGAAAAGACUCGCGGAGGAUGGUCGAACCGUCAUCGUUUCGAUUCAUGCUCCCCGCUCUGAGAUCUGGAGUCUCUUUGACAAUGUGAUUCUUUUGGCGCGGGGAUCGGUGCUUUACAGUGGGCCCCUUCGGGACUCUUUGUCCCAUUUCGAAACGUGCGGUCAUGUUCUGCCGCCGUUUGUGAAUCCAGCUGAAUUCUUGAUCGACCUUGCGGCCAUUGAUAACCGGACGGAGUCGCUCGAGGCCGCAUCGAUGGCCCGAGUGGAGCUUCUCAAAGCUGCCUGGAAGUCUCGAAGCUCUGAGCGGAAACAGAUCGAGAAGCCUGGGCAGGAAAGGAAGACGUCGAUGGCGUCCGGUGCAGUUACAUCCAUAAACAAGGCAGCUUCCUUCCGUCAACAAUUCCGUGUUCUGACCUCUCGGACAUUCACGACAACAAUCCGAGACCCUCUCGGCGUGGCGGGAAGCCUUCUGGAGGCCGUGGGAAUGGCUGUCAUCAAUGGCUGGAUCUUUUUACAGCUUGAUGAGAGUCAAGCUGGUAUUCGAUCGAGACAAGGCAGUCUGUAUACCGCAAGCAGCCUCAACGGAUAUCUGGUCCUUCUCUAUGAGACGUAUCGUCUGACAAUCGACAUACGUCUAUUCGAUCGCGAGAGAAACGAAGGCGUCGUGGGUGUCCCGGCCUUCUUGCUGAGCAGACGUGCAGCGCGCCUUCCUCUAGAAGACCUGCCUGUGCCUAUUAUCUUCGCAAUUAUAUACUACUUCAUGGUCGGAUACCGUCUCAGCGUGGACCAGUUCUUCAUCUUCUUACUUCUGACCAUCCUCACUCACUACAUUGCUGUCACCUUUGCCGCCGUCUCCAUUGGCGUCGCUCGCAGCUUCCCCGGUGCGAGUCUUGUGGGCAACCUUUCGUUCACACUACAGUCUUUCGCGUGCGGGUACUUUGUACAGUCGAACCAGAUCCCUGUGUACGUGAGGUGGCUAAAAUGGGUGGCAUAUACAUUCUACAUCUUCGGUGCCCUGUGCGCCAACGAAUUCAUUGGUCCUGACGGGCCGCCAGAGGGCCAGUUCUACGAUUGUCCCUAUUCAACCGACCCAUCGAAUCCCGCGUGUACGCAAUACACGGGCCGGUAUAUUAUGGAGAACCUGGGGUUUCCGUCAAACUGGAUAUGGCGGCCAAUUGUGAUCCUCGUGGCCUUCGUUAUCGGUCAUUAUCUGCUUGCUGGCUUGCUGCUCCAGUACAAUCGUUUCGCCAUUGACAUCGCACAAGCCCGGAAGACCGAUGUAGACCUGUCUGCGGGUAAAGAGAAGUUUGCCGAACGGCGCCCCGAUGAAGCUCGUCCUGUCACCAUCUCGCUGGACAAGUAUGCCUUGGAGAUCCGGAAACGCCAGGUAUUUCGCCGGGGAUCGCGGACGCUACCCAUCCUCAAACCCAUCACCGCUGAAUUCCAGCCGGGGAAAUUGAACGUCAUCAUGGGCCCCUCGGGUAGUGGGAAGACAUCGCUGCUCAACUCUAUUGCACGAAGGUUAAGAGGUUCCUUGGGGACACAAUAUCUGCUGCAGGGAAACAUACUCUACAACGGUGCUGUGCCUUCAGAGAGCGUGAUCCGGUCGGUGACAUCGUUUGUCGCACAGGAUGACGACGCGUUGAUGCCGUCGCUGACGGUGCGCGAGAGUCUGCGUUUCGCAGCUGGCCUGAGGCUGCCCCAGUGGAUGUCGCGCGAGGAGAAGAACCAGCGAGCAGAGGAGAUCCUCCUCAAGAUGGGAUUGAAAGAAUGCGCGGACAAUCUGAUAGGUAGCGAGCUCAUCAAGGGCAUCAGCGGCGGAGAGAAGAGACGAGUCACCAUCGCCAUUCAGAUUCUAACAGACCCGAAGAUUUUGCUGUUGGAUGAACCUACUAGCGGCCUCGAUGCCUUUACAGCCACGUCGAUUAUUGAAGUCCUCGAAGCGCUGGCAGCCGAGGGUCGCACCCUGAUCAUGACCAUCCACCAGUCCCGGUCGGACCUGUUCCAGCACUUCUCGGGUGUCCUGCUACUGGCCCGAGGAGGAUAUCCUGUGUAUGCGGGCGAGGGCGAGAAGAUGCUCCCGUACUUCCGGUCCUUGGGAUACGAGUGUCCCAAGACCACGAAUCCUGCCGACUUUGUUCUGGACCUGAUCACGGUCGACCUACAGCAGGAAGAUAGAGAAGCGCUGACCCGCGAGCGUGUACAAAAGUUGAUCACUAGCUGGGAUAGUCAACAACCAGGUGUGGCCCGCCGCCCGUCACAGAUUGCGACUCCGGCGGAACUUGGAAGCUUGAAGAGACGCAUGCUUCCCUUUCGGAUCACGUACCCGUUGGUGCUGCACCGUGCCGCGAUCAAUUUCUGGCGCCAGCCACCAUUGGUGAUGGCUCGCUCAAUGCAGGUGGUGGGGAUUGCGAUCAUCAUGGCUCUAUUCUUUGCUCCCCUAAAGAAUGACUAUGUUGCGGUGCAAUCGCGGAUGGGGUUUAUCCAGGAGUUUGCUGCGUUGUAUUUUGUCGGGAUGCUGCAAAACAUCGCCAUCUAUCCAAACGAAAGGGACGUCUUCUACCGGGAAGAAGCGGACCACUGCUACUCUGCGGAGACUUUCAUUCUGCAGUACACGACGCUAGAAGUACCCUUUGAGGCGAUCUCCUCAAUCAUCUUCGGGGUGCUCGCGGCCUACGCGGAUAACCUAGAACGCAGUCCUAGGAUGUUCCUCAUCAGCGCAUUUAACUGCUUCUGCAUUAUCAGCUGCGGCGAGUCUGUCGGAAUCAUGUUCUGCACGCUCUUCUCGCACGUCGGAUUCGCCGUCAACGUCACGUCGAUUCUGCUGUCUAUUUCCACCAUCCUUGGUGGCGUGAUGAGCCUGAACGUCAACGACGCCCUGCAGGCCAUCAACCACCUGUCACCGAUCAAGUACUCGAUCGCCAACCUGGCGCCGUACGCGAUGCGCGACCAGCAUUUCACAUGCACCUCGUCGCAGCUCCUGGCGAACGGGACCUGCCCGAUCCAGACCGGGCAGCAAGUGCUGCAGCUCUACAAUCUAGAUAAGAACGCGCCGAUGAACGUGAUGGCGCUUGGCGUCUGCACGAUCGUUUACCGAUUGGUGGCGUUUGCGAUGCUCAAGGUGAUGCGUGAGGGAUUUUGGCGCCGCCUGCGGUAGACUUGACAUCAUCUUUGUAUCUACCUAAUCAUUGUUCUUGAAAUCUCAGGUCGUCAUUGGUAGUAGGGAACUCGCCAAUGAGAAACCAUUGCCAGCAAAAAGAACUCU